AUGCUCGAUCUACGAGGCCUGACCCCCGCUCCCGUGACACCGUUCACGCUCGACGGCCAGGUCGACUAUGAGGCGAUCCACCGUCUCGGAUCGUGGCUCGGCAGCAUCGACGGGGUCAAGGGUCUCGUGGUCCUCGGGCACGCGGGAGAAGGCACGUUCCUCACGCAGGACGAGCAAGUCAGCGUGAUCAAGGAGUUCGUGCGCAGCGUCGACAACAAGAUUCCCAUCAUCGCCGGCAUCACGGGGGAGGGCACCGAGGUCGCGGCGUACGAGGCGAAACGGGCCAGGGAGGCUGGCGCGUCGGCCGGUCUCUUGUACCCGUCGCACGGCUGGCUGCGGUUCGGGUACCAGCCCGGGGCGCCGCAGGACCGUUACAGGGUGGUGUACGAAGUCAGCAAGCUCCCGCUCAUCCUGUUCCAGUACCCGGACGUCACCAAGGCGACGUACAACCUGCAGACGAUGCUCGACAUCAGCGCGCUGCCGGGCGUCUUCGCCAUGAAGAACGGCGUACGCAACAUGCGGCGCUGGGACACCGAGAUCCCCGUGAUCCGCAAGCAGAGGCCGGACCUGCAGAUCCUGACUUGCCACGACGAGUACCUUUUGCACACGGCGUUCGACGUCGACGGGUUCCUCGUCGGGUACGGCAACAUCGCGCCCGAGGCCCUGAUCGAGCUCAUCGACGCCGGCAAGGCCAAGGACUACGUGCGCGCUCGCGCCGUCCACGACAAACUCCUGCCCGUCACCAAGGCCGUGUACCAUCGGGGAUCACACAUGGAGGGCACCGUGGCACUGAAGCACGCUCUUGUGGCCCGAGGUAUCCUGAGCCAUGCCACUGUGCGGUCACCGCUGUUGCCGCUGGAGAAGGGCGCCGAGGAAGAGAUCCACGCUGCCGUCGGUGCCGCACAGUUGUCCCGUGUCGUUUUGGCCAAGAGCAACGGAGUGCAGAAUGGCUACACGAAUGGCGGUUCUCAUUGA